AUGGGCCUAUGGAACAAUGCCCCUCCGGAGCCUCGCACUCGACGUGGAAACUGGCCGACGCUCCUCUUCAGCUGGUGGUGUACUGGCUUUGCCGUCGUCAUCAUCCUCAUGCGCCUGGCUGGGAGGAAGAUCCGGACUGGACGACUGUUCCAAGAAGACCGGGUCAUGGCCUUGAGUCUGAUCCCUCUGCUUGCGCGCAUGGGCUUGAUUCAUGUCGUCCUCAUGUACGGAACCAACAAUGUUCAAUCCGAGAACUUGACCGACUACGAAACAUACCUCCGACAAAUAGGCUCGAAACUGGUCCUGGCUGCGCGAAUCAACUACGCUCUUUUCAUCUGGAUCAGCAAGUUCACUGUAUCCGAAUUCUUGAAGCGCAUAACAAGUGCCAUCUGGAGGCGCAGUUAUGAGAUUACCCUCCAUUGUAUACGCAUCUUCCUGGUAGCGACCUUCAUUGCUGUUGUGAUAGCCACUCUCGCCGAAUGCCAGCCCUUCGAUCAUUAUUGGCAAGUCGUGCCAGACCCAGGCCCUCAGUGCAGACAGGGAUAUGCACAACUCAUCACCAUGGGCACCGCCGACAUGAUCACCGAUGUUCUACUAGUCGCUUUCCCUAUUCCCAUCGUACUGCGCUCUCAGAUCCCGCUAAAGCGCAAACUCUCCCUCGUCUGCCUGUUCAGCUUCUCCGUCGCCCUUAUAGUCAUCACAGGCAUGCGCAUGCCCAAUGUCAUCGAACAUCAUGGACGCCAGCAAUACCGCACAGUGUGGGCCUCUGCCGAGAUUCUCGCCUCUGCCGCUGUCUCCAACGCCGUCAUCCUAGGCACUUUCGUAAAGGAUCGAGGAGUCAAGAGAAAUAAAUACAGGCCCGAGGGCACUAUGGACACAAUAUCACGCGCCGACACUCGUCGUGCCACCAUCGCAUCUCUACACCGCGAUAGUGAGGAAGCCUUGUUCAGGCAGAUGGGCUGUCGUAUGCCCGACGAGCUCUGUGAUUCAGAGUCUUCUAUGCCUAGACCUGCGCCAGUUGCUCUUACACCAACCAACUUGAAGAAGCCCGUCCAGCAUCAUCACGCCAUGAUGUCGCCCGCCGAUGCAAGUGACACUCCGCCGAGUCCGCAUGACAGCGCCGAUGCCUUGCGCAAGCCCUCUUCUACGACUGCUUCGACAGCAACAGGUCAAAGCGUAUCAUUCUUUGAUGUCGGUGGACUGCUGGGUAGUGGUGAGCCUCGACACGAUUCUUCCGGUACCACAACACAAGACUUUGCUUUCUCGACUCCGCGCACCCCAACAUCUCCCGGACCCUCCAGACCGACGCAUGACAUACUCUCAGAUCUUGGAGGAAGACUCACACUGACGCGAACACGAUCCCGUCGAGCUUCUGGAAACCGAGAGCGAUCACGAUCGCGUCCCUCAAAUAGUAGAGAUGGGCCUGUCGUACGACCAGUAUCACAGCCGCAGCGUCAACGCGAGAACAGCAAUGCAUUGAGCACAGAUGACGUGGGUGGCCUUCUCGAAGGCAGCGGACCCCGACCAAGCAGAUUCGAGCUGGAACCUAUAUCGCCUACCACAAGAGCGCCUCCGUCGAGUAUACCGCCGGAUGAUCAGGCGCCCCCGCGACGAUCAGUACCAACCGCUCAGCCGAGAACUGACAGUGACGAUCCAAGUCUACAAGACGUCGGCGGUUUGUUGAAAUAA